AUGGCAGAGAAACAGCAUAAAGAUCCUGAAGAACUACCCAGCAAGGAACAACCUUGCUCUACCUCAGGAAACACUGAUGAGGCCUUUGUUCAACGGGUGCAUGAGCAUGCUCCUAGACCAGGCAAAGAACCGGAAGAACAACCUUGUUCGACUUCCGAUAUUAAACGCCCGGAGCUAACUUUCAAGCUCGGCAAAGAAAAAGCUUGCUCCUCUUCUAACACAUCAAAAACUCUUGCUCAUAAUGCCGAGGCGCCAACGUCGUCAAACUUGUGUACCACUUGCCCUCCGAAAUUAGCUUUACAAUUCAAAAACCUUGUGGAGGAUUGGGUUAUGCCUACACUGCAAAGCGAGUUAACCAGUUCUAGUGAUGAUGACUGGCUGUUUCAGAAGAAGCAAAACCUCAACACUGAGGUUAAAACCCACAAAGAUGGAAAUCUUAAUUCGAACCAAAUGAGCUCGGCAACUUGGCCACGUGCUUGCUUCUUGCCCGAGGCCGGUAUAUACGCAUUAGCAUUCACGGUACCGUUCUAA